AUGGGUAUCGACAUCAAUCAUAAACACGAUAGGAAAGUUAGGCGUACCGAAGUGAAAUCUCAGGAUGUAUACCUGAGACUACUUGUAAAGUUGUACAGAUACUUGGCCAGGCGUACAAAUGCCAAAUUCAACCAGAUCAUCUUGCGGCGCCUGUUUAUGAGCCGCAUCAACCGUCCCCCAAUCUCGCUGUCUCGGCUCGCGCGUCACAUGAAGAAGCCCACACGCGAGGGCCUGAUUGCUGUGGUCGUUGGAACGGUGACCAAUGAUGUCAGGCUAUACACAGUGCCUAAGAUGACUGUUGCUGCUCUUCACGUAACAGAGAAAGCGCGCGCACGCAUCUUGGCUGCUGGAGGUGAGAUCUUGACCUUCGAUCAGCUCGCUCUCCGUGCCCCCACCGGCCGCAAGACAGUGUUGGUGCAGGGUCGCCGUAAUGCACGCGAGGCGGUGCGCCACUUCGGCCCUGCCCCGGGAGCGCCUCGUUCACACACGAAGCCCUACGUGAGGUCAAAGGGCCACGAGCGCGCCAGACCUAGCCGCCGCUCCAAUGUGUAA